UCAAAAACAUGCUGUCAAAAUAUAUUUUUUCAAAAUUAUGAGGGGAAAUUUCAGUAGAGGCAGAGGUGGUGGUGGAUUUGGAAGAGGCAGAGGAGGAUUUGGAAGAGGAAGAGGGGGUGGUGGUGGUAACAGAGAAAACUCAAAUUACAAUGAAAUUCCUGAUAGAGUUGUUGAAUGUUGCCAUUAUGAAUAUCCAUGUGAAGAAUACAUUAUCUGUAAAUCAACAAUCAAGCGAAUCCCAUAUUUCAAUGCACCUAUAUUUUUAGAAAAUAAAACUAUGAUAGGCAAAGUUGAUGAAAUAUUUGGACCAAUACAAGAUUUUUUUUUUUCUGUAAAACCCUUGGAAGAAAUAAAGGCUAAAUCCUUUGAUACCCAACAAAUAUUCUAUAUUGAUCCUAACAAACUACUUCCUCUUGAAAGAUUUUUGCCAAAACCUACUAUGCCAAAAUCAGAAUUCAAAGCUCAGUCUAGAGGGAGAGGAAGAGGAGGCUUCAGCAGAGGAGGUGGUUCCUUUAGGGGCGGCAGCGGAGGAGGUAGAGGAGGACGUGGUUUUCAAUCUUUCAGAGGAGGGCGAGGUGGCAAAAGAUUUUAGAAGAUUAUGGGAAUUUAAAAAAAUGAACAUUUUUAAGAUUGUAUAAUAUUGAAUAAAAAAUUUGUUUCAAAAGAAGUAUGUUUUUUUUUGAUUGGUAUUAAUAAAAAAAAAUUAAAUAAUGUCUAACAUUUAGAUAUUGGGUAUC